UUUUGUUGUUUUUCGAGACAGAUUUCUUCCACUGCUUUUGUGGAAGGAAUUAUCAUAUUUGUUUCGGCAAAAUAUUAAUUAAUUCAAAAUUGCUUGUGUAAUACAACUUAAAUAAAACAAUGGUGGUGACCGCCGACGUCUAUUUACCCGAAGAUUCAGAGUUGACCGUCCAAGAGGUCAAUUUAUCUGGAUCAACUUUAUAUGCUGGUUCCUUUCAUUUGGGAAAAUAUUGUGAAACCAUUAACAAUGAGUACAUGCUGUGUCGUCAAGAAGAGAAUGAUCCUAGAAAAUGUAUCAACGAGGGUAAGGCGGUCACUGCCUGUACAUUGGAGUUCUUCAGGAAAGUGAAGAAGACCUGCUUGGCUGAGUUUAAUCAGUACUCCAACUGUUUAGACAAGAGCUCAGGAGACUACGCUUUCAGGCAUUGCCGGAAGACUCAAGGCGUUUUUGAUCAGUGCAUGCUUGAGAAACUAAACUUACCUCGCCCUGGCUUUGGAUAUUUCUGCGAGGCUCGAGUUCACGAUACCAAGAGACCGAAGCCUCUACCGGAGCCAAAGGCUGUCUACCCGGACGCCACGCCAGCUCUACCAGAAGACGCCGAGAAGAAACCACCAAGGCUCGGCUCCCGUUUCUACUGGAUGACGGAAUAGUGCGAGAGACGGCGAAUACGCCACCGACAUGCUAGAGCGAGACGAUGCUGUGUUGCCAAUUAUAAAAUUUACUAUUUGAGUAGUAAUCUGACAUCUGUGGUGUUUCAAAUAACCUCGCUGGGCGGUGUGGUGCGCGUUAUAUGAAGUAAAGCAUUAGAUAGAGUUUUGUUUUGCUUUUUGAUAUUUUUUGUGUUGAAUAAAGAAUAAAAAUCAUGGAUGAUUAUACCUUCGAUGUCUAAUGUGCUACUUUGUAAGAAGAUGAAUAGUAAAUAAUAUUAUUGUAGAGAAAUAUAUUGUUGAAACAAA